GAUAUACAUAACUCAACAAGUUGCGCAUCUCAUCACACUUUGCCCAAGAAACUGCCAGAAAAGUUCCUGUACAUAGAAUGACUGAUUAUUUGGGACUGAGUAACGUUUCGCUGGACGAUGCGAUGAUUCAGUAUGCGUACAAUGGGUAUGGUAUGGUCUACAUCGAACACGCUUGGAAAGAAUUUAAGGAGUUCUAUAAUUGCCAAGAAACGCCGACCGAAUUGUUUGACAGAUUUUGGGACGACAUUAUGCCGAACCUCAAAAAUUACGAAAUGAUACGGAAUGCACCUGUGAUUGCGGAGAGUUUAUCACGUAUUCAUAAUCCACGGACGUAUCCACCACGUCCUCCAAGAGUUCACGAUAAUGUAAAGGAGAUAUCGCUAUUCGAGUUCACAAAACAACAGAAUGAAGCAAUGGAACGAAAGAUGUUUAACGAUCCAAAGAUGUUGGCAUUGAAAACUCAUUGUCUCGAUUAUAUCAAUAAACUCCGAGCUGACCCACAUACUCAGCCUGAAAAGAAUCAAGUUCCAACGAACCGUGGAUCUUUGCACAUAAUAGAUCAAUCAGUAUUGGAACAACGUGUUCGGCCGUCGUCAAGCGAUUCCCGGGUUGAACGAAUGACUUGUAUAAGUCUUGAUUUAACAAGCAGCAGUUCUCCCGAGAUGGAUCAACCAACAAUAACACAUGUUCGACAAUCGUUAAUAGAUUCCGAUGUUGAACGAACGAGUCGUGUAAGUCAAGGCUCAGCAAAUCGCAGCUCUAUGUCUGGAAGCGAUACCCCGAUUGGAAGAAUGAGUCGUCGUGUAAGUCAAAAUCCAACAAGCAGUUCUUCAUUGCCUGGAAUUAAUCAAUUAACCAUGGAACGAAGUAUUCAGCAAUUUUCUAACCAUUGCCAGAUGAGUCGUGGAACACAGAAGCGUGUAAGUCGAGAUUCAACAAGCCAGCGUUCAACGUCUGAAAGAUCAACUGCCGAUUCGAUAAUUGUUCUUGAUUUAACUGAGAGCACCAGUGAAAGUGAGAGUGAAACUCCUCGUAAAAGACGUCGCAGUGCUGACGGAGAAUAAGAGUCACCGAAUGAGGAUGAAUCACUCAUUCUAUGGAAAUUCCUCUGAUUAAAACAUUUGUUUCAUCAUAA